UGGUUUACCAUGCCUUAGGCUAGAGGUGUAUGGUUAUCAAUUGGAACCAACAUGUUCUAAACACAGUGUUGGUGUUCCCAGUACAUUCAUCGUACCAAACCAUCGCAUUACAGCGUCAUCUUAUUAUAGCAAUUCUUAUAAACCGUCCAUGGCACGAUUAGUKGGCGGUUCUUCGUGGUUUUCCAGAACAASUACUGGCAGAAAUGAAUACCUUCAGGUCGAUCUGGGUCAAAUAUUUCGUAUAUGUGCURUAUUGACUCAAGGAAACCCCAGUAGAAAUUAUUGGGUCACUAAKUAUAAGCUUCAAUACUCAGAUGAUAAUAGAUUAUGGAAAACAUAUAACGAGUUGGAUGGAAACGAAAAGGUUUUCCAAGGAAACUCAGACAAAUCAACYAUUGUCUCCAAUUUCAUCAAGUAUCCCUUCAAAGCAAAAUUUGUUCGAGUGGUUCCUAAAGGGYCUUAUAAUGGRUAUAAAGCUUUAAGAGUCGAUUUUAAAGGAACAGCAGAAGCAUGCACAGGCUCGCUUGGUGUCGAGAACAGAGGAAUCUCGGACCCUCCUCAGAUUACCUCAUCGUCCUCAUCAGGCAGUUCCCAUGUUGCAUCGCGAGGUCGCCUGUACGGUAGUUCUUCAUGGUGCGGUGCAACAUUGUCAAAAACCGAGUACAUACAGGUUGACUUGGGUCGGUUAAAGACGGUCACGGGAGUAGCAACACAGGGUGACCCAUCGCAGAACAAGUGGGUGAUGUCAUACAGUCUUAUGUUCUCUUUCAGUARAAUCGUCUGGUAUAAUUACACAGAGGCUCAGUUUAGAAAGAAUUUCAUUGGAAACACAAACAAAAAUGAUGUCAUAGUUAACUGGCUGCAUCGACCAAUAGCAGCCCGUUACGUCAGAAUAAUUCCACUGAAAAAUAGUGGCGGGAAUUGUAUGCGUCUUGACCUGUAUGGAUGCGACUUUGUAACAUCUCCAAAGGCAACGAUCAAAGACAAUGAAGUAACAUUACCCAGCAUCAAAGGAGAAACUCAAGCACUGAAGUGUACAGUCAUCGGAGAACCAUCACCCACUAUCCAAUGGUUUCGUAAUGGUUCAGAAAUGAUUCAAAGUGCAACACUGACUGUACAAUUUACUUCUGCUACUGACAUUAUAUCUAAGUAUAUAUGCAAGAGAAAAAAUCCCAACUUGAGGCCUGUGAUCUGUAAGAUGAACUACACUUGCAGAGCGAUGUUUCCCGUGAAUGUACCAAGCGCUGGACCAUCUGAAGCAACGGCUCAAGUAACUGUCAACCUAAAUGUACCAGGAAAGCAAGCCUUCUCAAUUACACCCGCCAAGAGAUCAUUAAGAUUGACAUGGUCCCCUGUGCAAUCAGAUGACGUCGGUCGAAUCACUGGUUUCGUAAUAAAGUUGAAUAACAUGGUAAAACGUGUGCCUCCCGACAGGAGUUGGUUUAGAUUUUCUCCACUUGAACCGUACACUAAUUACACCCUUCAAAUGAAAGCGUUCAGUGUUGUCGGUGAAGGAAUGUGGAGUGACGUUAAACCAGCAAUUACGCUAAUUUCAGGUAGGCCUCCUAUGUAUUUAAGUAUUAUUACUUGUCAUAUAGAUCAUCAAAAAAAAAAACAACAGUAAGAGUAGCCGACGCUGACAUCUAAAAGUGAAA